AUUCUGUCAAAGAUAAGAAUUUAGUUGGGUUAUGUAUAUUUAAUAUUUAUAUUAUUCGAAAUUAUUUCACAAAGCUAUGGGAAGAAAAUGUGCUGUUCCACAUUGUUAUACAGGUUAUCGAAAAUGCAAAGAAAAAGCUUCCUUGUAUAAAGUUCCAGAUGACGAUUUUUUUCUAAGUAAAUGGCAAGAGGCCAUAGCAAGGGAGGAUAGACCCAUUACUCCAAAGGAUUAUGUGUGUGAAAAACAUUUUAAAGAUGACGAUAUUCUUCGCAAAAGGAUAAUAAACGAUGUUGUUGAACAAUAUCAAAGACCUAAACUAAAACCUGAUUCUAUACCUUCCAUUUUCCCAGAUUUGCCAGAGUUUAUAUUGAAAAUGACUAAGAAACGAAGAAAAGUUACUCUCGACAGUAAUGAAAGUACAAUUGACAUAAGUAAAGAAAAUGAAAAAGCACCAUACACAUCAAAUGAAAAUAAUACAACAAAUACCUCCAAUGAUGAAACUUGUGAGACAGUACUGGGAAACGAGCCUACAGUGUUAAAUGAUGAUGAAAUUACCAUUAAAACUGAGAUUGAUGAACCGAUGGAUACUUUGAAUGAAGAUACUGAGGAUGAUCCUAAUGGGCCAAAAAUGCACCGUUGCAGUGAAUGCAAAUAUAAAACGAAAUAUGCACAUAAUUUGCGUACUCAUAAAACCAAACAUUUAUCAGGCGAUGAUGUGUACAUGAGAUGCGAAUUUUGUGCAAGUUAUAAAACAAAGUGGGAAUCAACUUAUCUCAGUCACAUGAAGAAUAAACAUGGAAUCAAUAUUCAAGAUGUUUUGAAAUGUUCACUCUGUCAGUUCAAAACCAAAGUGAAAGUUUGCUUAACUAGGCACUGUGACCGUGAGCAUAAGGGAAAAGAAGCUGUUGUAAAAAAAUCCAAAUGUGAACACCCUGGUUGUAGUUAUGAAACAAAUUCUGAUGCAUUACUCAGUGUUCAUAGUCUGAUACAUAAAAAUUCUGAUAUGAAUGAAAUAGGCCAGACAGCUAAAAAAGCAUUUAGUUGUACAGAAUGCCAUUUUGAAACCAAUUCAAAAAGGCAUAUUGUCACCCACAUGAAAAGUGCUCAUAGUUCUGGAGACACAACUACUGCAGCAUUAAAUUUAACUGAAAAGUAUACAACAAAUGUACAGAUAGUUAAAAAGUCUAAAACUGUACCCAAAUUCAAAUGCUCUCGCUGCCCCUAUAGAACCCAUACUCAAAUUUCACUGGAAAAACAUCUUGUGAAACACCAGUUCUCACAACAGAGCCAUCCAAAGCAAACCAAUACUAAAACUUCCAAAUGCCCAAAUUGUCCCUUUACAUCACCUUUGAGUUAUGUUUUAGAUGAUCACCAGAAAACAAGAUGUAAAGCAAACACAUUAUUUUGUAAGGAAUGUCCUUUCAGAUCUAAAGUAAAGUCUGACUACAUCAAACACAUACUGACCCACAGAAACACCACUAUAGAAAUGGUGAAGUCUCACAAAACUGAUCAAAGUGAUGGGAGCUUGAGUAAAGUGCGAGAGUUUGAUACUGUUCUCAUAAAAGAAGAGCCUCAUUACGAUGAUUAAUAUAUUCAUAUAAUUUAAAUUUUUGUGGCAAUCACUUUAGUUGUUAUUUUUUCAUUAUCUGUUGAUCCAAAAUGUAGUGAUCAAAGUACAAAUAAAUGGAAAAAUGAAUUUGGCAUUCAAUAAGUUAAUGAAAUCAACCUCCCUGUCAUGGAGAAAUGAGUUAGUGUUAGAACUGAGAGAAGUGAUGUGCAGUAUGGCUAUCAUUUGGGUCGAAGAAUGUAAACUUUCACGGCUGGAGAUAACUGUCUACUGCUGCCGUAGAUAUUUUCAAAGGCGAUGUGGUACUGUUGUGUUCUCGUCCAGACUGGAUGCACAUGCGUCCAAUCUGGGUGAGAACACGAAAAAGGCCAUACAUACAUCCGAAGACUUUCACCAUGGUUUAACGAAAAUACAUGAAGAGUAUGUGUCACUGAGACCUAUCGUAAACGCGAUAGGUUCACCAACUUAUGGACUGGCCAAAUACCUGACUACCUUAUUGCAACCUCAUUUAGGAAACACAGAAUCAUUCAUCAAGGUCUCGGAGCAUUUUAUCGAAAAGAUUAGAGACAUAAAGCUACGUCCUGGAGACAUACUACUGAGCUUCGAUGUGGUCUCCUUAUUCACGAUUGUGCCGACCAAGGAAACGAUACUGCUAAUUAACGAAGUAUUCCCAGCAGAUACAACCUAUUUUCAAAUAUUUAAAUGAGUUUAUUUGAAUAUAUAUAUUUAUGUAAAAAUCAUUUUCAUUCUAUUUUAUUUGUAUUUAUUUAUGUUCACAAGUUUCUAAGUGAUAUAAGCUAUAUAUUCAUUUGAAGAUUAAUUACAACCCUCUGCUUUAAUUCAA